CGGCGGAGGGGUAUAAACAGUCCCGCCGAGACCACGUCCCUCCCAUUGUCAAAAGGAUUGCUUGAUCAUAAUGUCGGGGAUUUUCCGCACCACAGCGAUCAGUUCUGUGUUGAUGACGGCAUUUACAUUGUUUUGCUUAUGUCAAACAGCGCAUAUUAAGAAAAUCAAGCGUUCUGUGAGCUGUGAGCGGUCCGAAUUUGCCUGUAAUUCUGGCUGUAUUCCUAACGGCUGGGCAUGUGACGGGGAUCCGGACUGUUCCGGGGGUGAAGAUGAAUUUCCUUCUCUCUGUGAUAACCGUGUUUGUCCCGACACGUACUUCAAAUGUGACGUCAACAAGUGUUUUCCAUGCGAGAAUGUCAACGAUGGCUUUCCUGACUGCUUCGACUCUUUUGAUGAGGAAAACAAUAACGUCGCAUGCACCAUGCCCCCUCCUACCACGUGACCUCUAUCAUGCAUUAUAAAUAAUCGUAUGGCAGCAGCAA